CAAACAGCCACGGCAGCAGUACCUGAAGAUCUUGACGAGUUACGGGAAACAUCACCUGAGGAUGCUGACUUAAAUUGGGACUGAUGCCUACUAACUCCUCGACAGCAUUGUAAUCAUGUAUUUGAACAAAAAGAACACCACGGAGCGCAACAAAAAGAAGAUAAAAACAUGGGGUCCCUCUGGACAACACCCAAAUAAGGUGUUGAAACGAGCGUCCCGGAAUGUCGCAGAGAAGAACCAAAAGCCAGAUGUGAAGGAGAUCAAAGCCGAGCAGGAGGUGGCGUGCCACACGCUGUUCGCCAUGGCGUCCUACAACCUGAGCCACUCGGAGAGGGUGAUGGACGAUCUCACAUUGGGACGGCGGGUGGGCUUCUACGAUCUCAGGGGAGAGAUUGGAUCGGGGAACUUCUCUCAGGUCCGUCUGGGAAUACACGACCUGACCAAAGAGAGAGUGGCGGUGAAAGUCCUGGAAAAGUCACGCCUGGACGAGCUUUCGCAGACACUCUUUGCCUCGGAGAUCUCGUGCAUGGAGAAGCUGGCGCACCCCAACGUCGUGCGCCUCUACGAGGUGGUGGAGACCUAUAAGAGGUUGUAUCUGGUCAUGGAGUUCGCCAGCGGAGGGGAGUUGUUCUCCCAUAUCUGCACCAGGGGGCGCCUCUCCGACCUGGAGAGCAAGCUGGUGUUCGCCCAGCUGCUGGCUGCGAUCAAGCACAUGCACGACAGCAACAUAGUGCACCGCGACGUGAAGGCGGAGAACGUGUUCUUCACCAGCACGUACUGCGUCAAAUUGGGUGACUUGGGAUUCAGCACGUCCUGCCGCCCCGACGACGUGCUGCACACGUUCUGCGGCUCCCCCCCGUACGCGGCGCCCGAGCUCUUCGGGCGCUCGGGCUACACAGGCCGCCACGUGGACAUGUGGGCGCUGGGCGUGCUGCUCUACUUCAUGACCACCGCCACCAUGCCCUUCACAGCCGUCAACACGGGCAGGCUGAGGCGCUGCGUCCUGCAGGGCUCCUACAGCAUCCCCUCCUAUGUGCAAGCCCCCUGCAGGGAGGUCAUCCAGGGCCUGCUGAGACCCGUUCCCGCCGACCGCCUCAGCGCGGCCAAGAUAAUGUCCUGCGAGUGGAUGAAGGGCGUCGACUACCCGCAAGCUUACCUGGCUUGCCGGCCCACGCCCGCGCACCUGGUGGGGCCGACGGUCACGCUCAGCUCUGACGACCUGAGCGUCAAAGCAGCGUUGGAGGCGCUGGGUAUCACGGAGCGCCACCUUCUGGACAACGGCUCCGGCCUGAGGAGUCCCAUCACCGGCGCCUAUCGCAUCUUAGUGCACCGCGUCCAAAGAAGAACGUCGGCGGAAGCGGCGGGCUACGGCUACGUGUGCAUGACGGAGACGCGCAACAGACUCAAGCGGCUAGACAAACGCACCUCUGCGGUUUGUGUUGUCAUGUAA